AUGCCUGUAGCAAUAGAUAGUCCUCCUACUUCACCUGUGUUGACAGGUGGAAAGAAGAACUUGACUAUAUCUUCAUCUUUAUCUUCUCCAUCUCCAAACAAAGCAGUGGCAAUGAUGAAAAAUAGAAAGAUAGCAAGACAAAAGAAAUCAUCAUUUAAACAACAUCAACAACAACUAUUACCUAUUAGUAAAGAGACAUUACAAAUUAAAAAGAGAUUACAAGAUAAUAUCAAUAAUAUUAAAUCUCAACAAACAAAAGAAAUUGCUGUUAUCACUCAUUAUGAUAAUAAGAUUAGUGGUAAAAUGCAAGUUGAUGAUGAUGAUGAAGAAGAGGAAGAUAGAUACACAAAAGAAAAGACCGAGGAAGAGGAGGAAAAGGAAACAUCUGCAAUGGAUUUGAAAGCGAAAAAAGAACAAGAAGCCAAAACAAAACAACUUGGUCAAAUGAGUAAACAAUUAAUGUUGGAGAAAAAGAACAAACUGGAAACAACACUCCAACAUAGUGGAAAACCAUUAUUACAUCGUGCCAUUGUAUUUAGAGAAUCGGCAACACAAGUAGAUCCAAAUGCUGCGCUCAAGAAAAAGUAUCAACCUAUCAACAAACAAGUCUCAACUCCAACUUUGCCAAAUCCAUUUGCCAACAAGACUAUGAUUUCAACCACUACAACAACAACAACUACAACUACUACAACUUCAUCUUCUUCUUCAUCAUCCUCUUCAUUAACCACUAAAACACAGAUGGUCAAAAAACCAGAGCCACUUGACGAUAAUAUCUUACAUCCACCCAAAAAAGUAUUAUUCAAUGUUGAAAAGUUACCAUCAUUGAUGGAAUGGAAAGGUGUUAAAAAGAUUGGACCUGGUCUUGAGAAUUUGGGUAAUACUUGUUUCAUGAACGCUGUUCUUCAGUGUCUUACCUAUACACCACCACUCUACAACUAUAUGGUGUCACAUGAACAUACCAAGACUUGCAAGACACAAGGAUUUUGUAUAUUCUGCUCACUUGAACGUCAUAUUGUUCGUUCACAUGAACCAUCUGGUGUUGGUCGUGCCAUCACUCCCAAGGAAAUUGCUAUCAAUCUUAAAAAGUUUGCACCAGGAUUUAGAUUAGGUCGUCAAGAGGAUUCUCACGAGUUUAUCCGUUUCAUCUUGGAAGGUUGUCAAAAGGUUUGCUUGUCCAAAUAUGCCAAGGGAUCUGUUACUCCACGUGACUCUAUGACUACUGUCAUUGGAUCUAUAUUUGGUGGCUAUCUACAGAGUCAAGUCAAAUGUACUCAAUGUUCGUACGAAUCCAACACAUUUGAUCCAUUUAUGGAUCUUUCAGUUGAUAUUCACACAUCGGAUAGUAUAACAAAGGCAAUGCAACAAUUUGUAAAGGCCGAGUAUUUGGACGGUGCCAACAAAUACAAAUGUUGCAAAUGUAAAAAAUUGGUUCGUGCCAGUAAAAGAAUGACUGUUCAUGUUGCUCCUUCCAUCCUUACCAUUCAACUCAAACGUUUCAAUUAUAAUGGUUCAAAAAGUAAUCGUCAAAUUCAAUAUGAAUCAACUUUGGAUUUAUCUCCCUAUAUGUCAAAUUCUACUAAAGAUGCAGUUUAUGAUUUAUAUGGAGUAUUGGUUCAUUCAGGAGGCAGUACUAAUAGUGGACAUUAUUAUUGUUAUGUAAAGGGAUCCACUAAUUUAUGGCACAAUAUGAAUGAUAAUUUUGUGUCAUCGGUCAAUCAACCAACGGCUCUAGGUCAACGUGCCUAUAUUCUUUUCUACUCUAGACGUGUCAAUUCACCAUCUACCUUUAUAAAGAGUAGUGUCUCUUUUACUUCUACUACAACUACUAGUAGUUCUAGUUCAACAGUUACUACUGUCACUAGCAAUACAAAGGUUGUUCCAACUGAAAAACCAACAACUGUAUUAAAAAGAAAAGAAUUGGAAGAUAUUCAACAACUAGAAGAACAAGAAGAAAUUAAAAAGAAACAAAAGUUGAAUCAACCAAAUGCUUCUACAGUUAAUGUUAGAAAUUGGGAAGACAAGGUUUCAACAUCUGAAAUUCAAUCAAUGAUUGAUGCCAAGGCUGCCUCAAAUGCAAAUAGACAAUUAAAUGUUGGAAAAAUGUUGGCCAAACAAUCACAAAGACAAUCACCAAAUCAGUUUGGAGGUAUUUCAAAUGUUGCCAAGUGGGAUGAUAUUGAAGAACAAGAUGAAAAUGUCAAGGCUCAAAAUGAACUACUUAUGGAUCCAUCUCUCAAACUCGUUCAAAGACAAAAAGAUGAUUACGACGAAGAAAUGGACAAGGGAAGAGUUAAAAAGGUAAAGAGAAAGAUUGAUGUCUCUGAUGUCAACCAUUUCGAAAUGAAAUCAAAUAAUCUUAGAUCAAAGAUGGAAUAUGAAUCGGUUCAUGGUAAAGGUUCUUAUGAAAAUAGAUUUGAUCCAAAGAAUAUUGAUAAAGUCAUGUUUUCAAAUCGUAAUAAUGGCAAUGGUAAUGCAAUGCAAAAGCAUCAACAACAACAUCGUGAAAAAUGGGGCAAGAAUGUUAAUACUGGUGGUUUCUCUGGUGGUUUCAAGGUAAAGAAUCAAAGAAAAUAA